CAAAAAGCGAUUACACACACUACAUACAUAUUUUUAGCUCACUAAUUUCUCUCAUGCAUUUAUCCUCUUUUAAUCUUUAAUAGACUAUUCAAGUGAUUCAGCUCUAUGAUCAGUCGUUUUUCAUUUAUGUGUAAAAUUUCUGACGGAAUUCUAUAAGUUAAUGAAUUUGUUUAAAAAUGAUAAUGAAGCAUUCGGCACAAAUCUUACGGAAGGAAUUUGAUACAACAGCACCGUGAGGUCGGAGAAUUUUGACGUUAAGAGCCUAACAAUGUCCGCAACACAAAUUCUGAUUGGCGACGAGGACCAAAAAUCAAUCCGCAAGAAAGAUCACGAUAAUGAAACUAAAAUUGUAUGUUUCAACAUCAGCCACUUCUCUCAGCAAGUCCAAUUCCUUUUGUGCAGCGUGGCUGUUUUUGCAUUUUACUUACUCUAUGGAUACAUGCAGGAGCUCCUUUUCACCCUCGAAGGGUUCAAGUCAAUGGGAUGGCAACUCACACUGGUACAAUUCGGAUACUACACAAUAUUUGGAGUAAUUGAAACGAGAAUAAAAGAUGACACGAUAAGAAGAAUUCCGUUUAAAACAUAUUGCGUUCUUGCACUCUUGACCCUUGGAACCAUGGGUUUCUCCAACUCUUCCUUGGGAUAUUUAAAUUAUCCCACACAAGUUAUUUUCAAAUGCUGCAAACUGAUACCUGUGAUGAUCGGAAGCGUGCUGCUGCAAUCAAAGAGAUACGGCUUCCUAGACGUGUCUGCUGUUAUUUGUAUGUGUGUGGGACUGGUUCUCUUCACACUGGCAGACACAGAAGUUUCCCCUAAUUUUAAUGUGAUAGGUGUUGUGAUGAUAUCUUGUGCUCUGCUUUGUGAUGCCAUUAUUGGUAACUUGCAAGAGAAAUCGAUGAAAAGCCACAAGGCUUCUAACACCGAGGUUGUCCUCUACUCAUACGGAAUAGGAUUUGUCUAUUUGUUCCUAAUUUUACUAACUACCGGAAAUCUAUUCCGAGGAUUUGCUUUUUUCUCCGAGCACCCUGUAGAGACGUAUGGAUAUGCCCUAAUUUUCUCACUUACGGGUUAUCUGGGGAUUCAAGUGGUGCUGACCCUGGUGAGGACGUGUGGUGCGCUUGCUGCAGCCACAGUGACCACGGCUAGAAAGGCUGUCACCAUUGCCCUCUCGUUUCUGGCUUUCACCAAACCAUUCACUAUGCAGUACUUUUGGGCUGGAUCAAUAGUCGUACUCGGCAUUUACUUAAAUGUCUUCAGCAAGAAGCACAAGGACUUUGGACCAAAAGACCUUGUGGUGAUCAUCAAUAAGCUCAAGUCGAACGUGGUGAAACCUAAACGGAAAAUCAUUGCCAGUGUUUAAUUUUAAUUAUUUAUGUUUUCACAAUCUAUAGUGUAAUCACAAACUUGAAUUGGAAACUGAGCAGACACAAGAAGUAUUUUAUAACAUUAUAUUAUGUUAGGUUUAUUUACAUUCCGACAAUAUUUUGUAUUUCAGGAACAGAUCGUGUAAUUGUGAUUUAUUUUUUGCGUUGAAGAGCACAAUUAAUAUUGAUUUGACCAUAUUUUGAUUUUUUUCCUAAAAUAAAAUAUAUUUUUGAGUUAA